AUGCGCGAUAUCGUCCUCGAAAUGAGAUCCCAGCAACAAGCCUAUGCCAGGCGACACCUCGGGGACGAUCAUUGGGAGACAAUGGUGCUGCUCGACAUACCGCGCUGGUACUGGCACUUGUCCGGUAUCAAGAAGUGGGAUUUGGCCCCCGUUGAAGUCUCAUCGCCGUGCAAUGCAUGUCGCGCGUCUAAACACCCUUGUCAUUACACUCGCAACGCCACCGCAAAUGAGUGCCGGGAAUGUCAUCUCCAAGGGAAAACCUGCUUUCUGGGCAAUAGCCAAGGGGCGAACAAGAAGCGGACCCGCGCUGACUCCGUCGAAGAAGACGAGGACUCAGACCCUAUUACUGACUCGAAGGUAAAACGGAAAGGAGACAAUCAGAAGAGGCGCAAAGUGGAUUCGGAAGAGGACAAGUGGGACUCGAACCUCGUCAAGCGCCUCGAGCUUCAGCUGGAGGCAGGGGAACGACAGGUUGCUGGUCUCUUGGAAGAAAACAAUAGAGUCAAGCACGCAGAAGAAUUGGCUGGGAAUAUGUAGGGGAAGGCAAACGCCUUAGAGAGGAGUGUAGCAGGCAG